AUGGUCAGAGCAGAGAGUGACGUCCACAUGGUCAGAGCAGAGAGUGACGUCCACAUGAGCAGAGUGACGUCCACAUGGUCAGAGCAGAGUGACGUCCACAUGGUCAGAGCAGAGAGUGACGUCCACAUGGUCAGAGCAGAGAGUGACGUCCACAUGGUCAGAGCAGAGAGUGACGUCCACAUGGUCAGAGCAGAGAGUGACGUCCACAUGGUCAGAGCAGAGAGUGACGUCCACAUGGUCAGAGCAGAGAGUGACGUCCACAUGGUCAGAGCAGAGAGUGACGUCCACAUGGUCAGAGCAGAGAGUGACGUCCACAUGGUCAGAGCAGAGAGUGACGUCCACAUGGUCAGAGCAGAGUGA